UGGAGAAUUCUGGGGGCAGCUGGAUGUGGGGAGAGCGUGGAGCCCUGGUCCCUAGACUCCAGUCCUGCCCGGAGGGUGACCUUGGGAAAGCCUUUGGAAUCCUGCAGCUCUUCACCUGCCAGAGGAGGGAGUGAUGCUCGUGUGCCCGGUCCCCUCCCAUCCCAGCAGCGCCCCAUUCUCUGUUUUCUCUGUUGUUGGCAACAGUGGGGAGUGGUUUUUCCAGGAGGCUAUUUUUGGUGGGGUUUGGCUGACUUGCAGCCAGUGGUGGGUUUGCGCCCCGGGCAGUUGGUGUCGCUAUUUCUGAAGGCCUUGUGUGGUGUCCACGCAGAGUCCCAAGAUGCUUGAGCCGGAGGGAACCCUCUCUUCUUUAACAGGUGCCAGGUUACGUGACAUGGGGCCCCAGCAUCAGCGGUUGGCCUCGCCGCUGUCUGACUGCACAGCAUGGGGUCACGAUCUCAGUUCAUCCUGCCAGCCCGCCUCAUUCCCCCGCUGGGCAGCCUGAGGCUCCCAGAGGCUGACCAACGUGUUCAAGGUCACACAGCAAUGCGCUUAUCUGUGCAUCUUAGUGGCACGUGGCGCCUGCUGGCCAGGGCUGCAGACUCGCUUCCCACAGGCAGAAGAGGCACAGAGACCACCACUGCCCGGGUUUGGAGGUUGUGUCUCUUCCUUAGAUGCUGUUUUGUCCUUUGAAGGACACAGUGGAAAAGGCACAGGUUUGGGCGUUGAACCUGGGUUUGAAUCCUAGCUCCCGUGGCCGGGAUUACCAGCAUCCUCGUAACCUCUCCUAAUGAAUUAAAAAACAGCUCAAAGCUACAAAGGCCAGCUGGCUGCAGCAUCCUCACCCCUCGAAGGGAAAACUCACCCCCUGUAUUUUCAGCCUCAGAGAAUCUCCAGUGAAGUCCUGCAGUUUGAACCCAGCGGGGAGGCUCUCUGUGCUGCUGGCCGGUGGGCCCAGGCUCCUGGAUCUACUGUGCUUUAUAUACUGGCCGGGGGAAGAUACUCCUGUGUAUGUUUUGGGGGAGGGGGUAAUUAGGUUUAUUUACUUACUUACUAACUUUUUAGCGGAGGCACUGGGGAUUGAGCCCAGGACUUGUGCGUGCUAAGCACGCGUUCUACCACUGACCUAGACCCACCUCCCUCUGUGUAUGUUUUUAAAUUGAGAUGUAAUGUGUCAGGAGAACAAAGCCAUAGACCUCAUGACGAGGUGGCUGUGGUGACAUGCUAGGCCAACAUGCUCACUUUCGAGUGAAGACAGACAGGAUUCAGGACUUGAUCGGGGGUGGAAUCACGAACUGGAUCUGUUUUCUGUUUUAUGCUUCAAUGCCCUCUGCUACCAGCGCCUUUAAUGGCAAAAACCAAACAGAGGACACCUCCAGCCAGGCGUUUUGGACACUCUCAGCAGCCUCCUUCACAGCACGACGUGUCUUCCCUGCUUUUGCCGCAUCGAGGAGUUGCUACCCCGGGAACUCACACCUUUGUUCUGCCGGUGUCUCCCCGAGCUGUCCCAGCCACCCCACUGUCACACCACGCUCACCUCAAUCACAAGCAAGAUGUCCAGCCGUUACCAUUGUAUUUGUAGCACUUGGUGGAAAUCUGUUAGCAAAGUGCAGCUGAGGUGGGCCCCCUCACAUCAGAGCCCCCCGGGAGCUCGUUCAGAUGCAGACUCCCAGCCCUGGCCUUGGGCCUCUGGGGACGGCACCUACCACACCCCAGUUCAGAGCCAGAGUUCCCUGUGACACAUCCUCAGGGCCGAGCCUGAGCGUCAUGCUAACAGCUCCUGGGGAGGCCUCUCUGGGGAUUCGGGGUGACUUAGAAAGGACAGUUCCAAUCAAAGUGGCCCUAUAGUGAGGCUGGACUGACUGUAUCUCAGAAUUCAUUUCUUUAAACAUCAUGCUCAUUACAUAUCUGCUUAUGAAAUUAUUUGGUGCUAUGGUUUAAUCUGAUAUUCUGUCAUUCAAAAGCCAUCUUUUUAAAAUUUUUUUUUUAAUUGAAGGAAAGUCUGGAAAUCUGACAGCACUGGUGUGCCCCUCAGAAGUGGUUUUCUUUGCCUUGUUGCUGCCCGAGGGGGUUGGGGCCCUACCACCACCAGUGGCAGCACGGGCACCUGCACGGCUCAGGAGUUCACUGUGAGCAGCUGGGGGCCCUCGGGGCCAGGCGAUGGGGCAGGCGAUGGGGACAGUUGAGGUCCCACCUUUCAGUUUGUCAUUUCAGCAGGACAGCAGUCUCUUGAGAGAGAAAUCAUGCGACCUCAGUGUAAGUGUCACAGCACCACCGCAGGCCAACAAAGAGACUAACACACAGCUCCCACUGUUUCACAUUGCAGGAGUGAGCGGUGGCCCCCUGGAAAAUCUCUACAGACUAAAGCAGUUCCACUUCCACUGGGGAGCAGUGAACGAGCGGGGCUCAGAGCACGCAGUGGACGGCCACGUGUACCCUGCCGAGCUGCAUCUGGUUCACUGGAACGCGGUGCGAUACCCGAACUACCAAGAAGCUGUGACGGGAGAGGACGGCCUGGCUGUGCUGGGCGUGUUUUUGCAGCUGGGGGCCCGCCACCAGGCGCUGCAGGAGCUGGUGAGAGUCUUGCCCGGCAUAAAGCACAAGGACGCACGGGUGGCCGUGGGCCCCUUCCAGCCCUCCCGCCUGCUGCCCACCUGCCGGGACUACUGGACAUACCUGGGCUCCCUCACCACGCCUCCGCUCUCCGAGUCGGUCACCUGGAUGGUCCACAGGAAGCCCAUUGAGGUGGCUCAGGACCAGUGGUCAGGACCCAGGCGUGGCAAGUCUCCCGAUGAUGAAUGGCCGGACGAGGCGAGUGCCAGCUCUUCAGUCCAUGUUGGGCUGGAUGCCUUGCGCACACUCCUGUUUACUGCACUUGGUGAAGAAGAGAAGACGAUGGUGAACAACUACCGCCCGCUUCAACCCCUGAUGAACCGCACGGUCCGCUCGUCCUUCCAGGCCACUGAGGACAGCGCGGGAUCCUAAAUCCCCAUGUCUGAGCUAAUGGGAGAACUGACUUUAGAAAGAGAAAGGAUGGUUGCCCAAACUUCACAGUCUGAUCAAAUGUAACCUCUGAAAUUAAAAAGAGAGAAAGAGA